CGUCGACUUUUCAAUAAUGUCUCGGACUGGGGGAACAUUGCAUCAUGAAUGUUCAUGAAAAUUUCACAUUCGUUACAAUAUGUGCCUUGCAUUUUUGUAGCAUAUAUGUAUGGAACAAUUGUAAAGUGAUUUAACGAUACGAAUAAGGGUGUUUUUAAUCAAGCUGUGAUAUUUUAAAGCGAUUAUAAUUGACGUUUGUUUCCACGUGGUGACUGUCACAUUUGGUCUACGUGUUACGAAUCUUUCGUCAUAUUAAUUGUGUUUCUGUUCUCGACGGCAUUAGAAGAUUGAAAUGGAGACUUUAAAUAUGUCUAAACUUAAUCUGUCCAGCGUAAGAAGCACCGUUCCUGGUGACAAUGCACUAAAACAAGAUGUUAUAGAGCCAAAGUUUGAGACCAUUGCUUUAAUUGAUCCAGAUAAUGAAUAUCACUGUGAAUACCGUGAGGAUAUUUGGAAGAACUUGCUGGAACAGGAUGCAGAGAAACCUACAAUACACCUACAAUCACCACAGCUAGAGUUCCGCGGUGCCUUAGUUCAACAGCUCCGAGAUGUUACAAAGAAACUGGGUCUGACUCUGGCCACUCUACACUCAGCGGUCGCCCAGUUAGACUUGUUCAUGGACGCACACAGGCUACGUGCAGAUAGACUGACACAUGUUGCACUCGCCUGCUUGAGUUUAGCAGCAAAAAGCGAGGAGAAAUUCAGCAGAGCGCCUACAUUAAAAACAUUAUCAAAAAUAUCUGGUGUGCAGCUGUGUGGCAAGACUUUCAGACAGUUAGAGUGGAUGGUAGGGCAGCAUGUACGAUGGAGGCUGCUCGCACCGACGCCAGUUACAUUCGCAGCUCUACUUGCACAGUACGUGGUAGCCGACUGCGAUCUGACCACCAGGCAUCCGAAGUUCGUUAGACGGUUCAAACGAGAUGGGGCCAAGUUGUUAGAAGCAUAUUUAGAUUUAACUUUAUCUGACGUGCGGCUGAAGGUGGUGGAGAGCGCGGACGUGGGCUGCGCGUGCGUGGCGUGCGCGCGCGCGGCCCUGGGGCUGGCGGCGUGGCCGGCGUGGCUCGCCGCGCGCGCCGGCCGCAAGCCCGCCGCCGUGGCGCCCGUCGCGCGCCUGCUGCAGCGGAUGAUGCAAAUUCUGAAGUCACGUGAAACAGUCGACUCCGAGGUCGACCAGGGCUACAGCAGCGCGAGGACAUCACCCAACCUAACACCCUGUGCUUCACCGAGGUAUCAGAUCUCGCCAGCGUCCAGCACAUGCAGCACCUCCUCAAGAAGCUGCCUGCAUGUUGACACAUCAUACCGACAGCGUCCAGUCAGGUCAGAUAAUGCUUACACCGUGUUAGACUUGGACGACACAGAGGUGUCUCAUGUACCGAACCAAGAUUACUAUAGGCUACCUACCGCGGUUGAUAUGACCUGUCAAAGGGUUAAUAACCCAGCUGAUUACAGCUUCUGUAGAUCCAGUAGGUUAAUCGAAGCUAGUUUCGAUCCAGUUCAACCAUCUACAAGUAUGGCUGUGAAGAGAGGUUUAGAUAGUAACGUCGAAUUUGAUAGAAAGAGGUAUCGUCUCGCCUCGCAAAUGUCACAGGUUGUUCUUUGAUUAUUCUUCUAGUCGAUAAUAUUCGUUGUUUUUUUUUUUUUUUCAAUUUGACAGAUAUUCGAAAACAUUUGCAUUUACGUUACAGUUCAGAUUCGAAAUUCAAUUUUUGUUUGUCUUAUUUCACAGUACAAUACAUGAAACAAUGAUUUUCUGACUGUGUCCCUGACAGUAUUUUAAAUGUUCAAUACCAUAUAAAAAGUUUAAUAGACUAUAUAAAGAUUUAAAAGUACAUACCGAGAUGUAUUCGAAUAAUUCGAUAUUAAAAUCGAUUAUAAUAGCGACAGUUCGGCAUCUUCAAUAAAUAUUUAUAAUUAAAAUAUUUGAGCUUUAGUUUCUUACAAAAAAUACAAAACUAGUACAAAAGAAAAUAUAGAACAGAUAAUAUUAACAAAAAAUAUAUAAAAUAAAUACAAAAAAAAAUGGUUGCCGAAUUGCCGCGAAAACGCAUAAUAUUUUGACAAAUAAUCGAGACGUACUUGUUUAUUAAAAAUGCUAGUUUAUAAUUAUAUCUAGGCUUUGCCUGCAUCGAUAUUUAUUAAAAGACUUAUAUAAUCGUUAAUUUCUUAAUACAUUUUAUACGAUGUAUUUAGAAUUGUAGUUUUAGAUAGAAACAAAUUAGGAUCGAUUUCACAACCUUUUAUUUAAAAAAAAAAUGGAAUGUUUCAUUCCAACACUAUAUAUUUGUUAUAUUUUUAUACAGCAAUUAUUAAAUUAUAAAAAGUGUAUUCUAAAUAAUUUAAUAAUUAAAGGUACAAUAAAGAUAAUAAAAUAGUUACAAAUUAUUUAAAAAAAAUAAACCAGAUUCCGUUUACAAAUUUACCGAACGACAAUAUAUGUAGUUAUUUAAAAAUACUUUGAAUACGUAUUUGAAAUAACGUAAUAAGGUUGUGGAUUCGAUAUGAGACAACGUCGAGGAACGAACAUUAACAAUGCCAGAGCUUUAAACGCCCAGUUGUAGAAACGUUAGUUGUAAAUAAAUGUAGUGUCGAAUGUUCCGUUGGUGUUCGGUCGUCGUCGUCGUCGGUCGUAGCCCGUUUACAAUAUGAUGAACCGAGAAUUUCUUUUUUUAAUAUUUUUUAAAUAAUGAAAUUAGAAUUUUAACAGCACCCUUUCUUACAAUCUAGAUUUGUAAGUUAUGAACUAUUAAACGGUGCCUAGUAUUGUAAUCCUAUCUGUAAUGUAUCUCGAACGAUGGAUGUUUUAAGUGAUAUUUCAAUUAGUAAAUGAAUAACAAACGGUUCGUCACAAUGUUAAACGUUAUUCUUUAACCUAUCUAUCUAUUAUAAUGUAUCUACGCAUGUAUAUAAUAAUUGCAUAUGGUUUAUAAAUAAAUCUAUGAAUAAAUAUGCUGCCCAUAUAUAAAGACGGUAAUAUAGCAUUAUAUAAUAAUAUUAAUUCUUAUAUCAUUAGUAUAAUCGGAGUCGCUAUGGAGAUAUAAAAACUAUUUUGAUAUAAGAAAUAACGGCACAUCAUGUAACAGCUUACAAAUGUAAGUAUUAUUAUAUUAAGAAAGUUAGUAACGCUAUAAAUACGGUAAUAGAAUGAACCAUUUCAAUAAAAUUUGCAAGUUGUACGAUCAAUAGAUACGUCAAAUACUAAUAAACGAUACAUGGCGGUUCGUAUAGUUAAACAAUAUUUUGUCUUCUUCGUUCAUAUGACAAAUUACUAAUGCGAGAAAGAAAGGAACGUCUCUAUUCAUCCGCUAUAUAUUUUUAUUAGUAAAUCCUUAAAAGUAAAGAUUUUUACAUUCGAGUAUUAUUUUUUUUUAAUUAUUAAAGUAUUCAUUCGUUCAUAACAAGCAGUUGCUUGUUAUGAACGAAUGAAUACUUUAAUCAUCAAACAUCAGUUGAUGUUUUAGACUGACUGUCUUUUCUUUUAAAUUUUCGAAUGCAAAAAUUCUAUUGAAAUGGAUAAAAAAAAAAAUAAUCAUUAUUGAUGAAACAUUUGUAUGGAUAGAUGAGUUACAGAAUUGUUGAUUCAGGAAUUACCAAAGCAAUAGCUUGAGGUUUAUUUUGUUUCCUAAUUGUAAUUAGUUAAUUUUCCUACUUUUUUCUAUAAUAUGUUAGGGUGAUUUUUUUUUUAAUUUAUACAAUGGCAAUGGAUUGACAAUACGAUUCGGUUUAUAAAAAUUAUGUGAGUACUUAACUGGCAACACAUGUUGACAACGUAAAUAUUUUCAAACUCUUCUUUUUUUAAUUCUAUUAUUGCAGUCGCAAUCUUUAAGCCAUUUAAUAAUAUCUUUUUUUUUUUUGGUAAAAUUGAAUUCUAAAACAUCACCCUAAUGUUAAUUAUUUAUAAAUUAAGAAGUGAUUGUGAAUAUAACACGAGAAGUCUGCGUCUACGUCAUUUGAAUGACUUUUAAUGGGAAAUGAUUUUAAUACGAUAAUGCAUUUAAAAAAAAAUUAACAGACUGAAUGAAAUGACCAACAAAGACAAAAACUGCUCGUGCUAUAUAAACCUUAGAAAAUUGUGUAUCAAAUACAUUUAUUUAUUUUUUUAAGGGACGUUUUCGAUGGUGUGGUUGUGAAUAAAGAAUUUUUUUUUUUUUCAAAAAUUUUGACGUAUUUAGCAAGUGAUUGAAAGUGAUUUUUCAAUUUAUAUUUUUUUACACACCAUUUCAAUUUUGGGUUAUGUUGCGUUGUCAUUAUUUGAAUAUGGAAAUAGCGAAAUUGUCAGUAAGUAAAAUAAAAAUGUAAGUAUAUGAUCGAUAAGGCGUUGCUUAAUUAGCGGAAACCGGAUCGCACGGGUAUACGCGAACAAUUAAAGCAUUACUCAUUCUAAAUAUAAUAUUACACAUUUCGCGUACAAAACAAAUAGCUAUUUCCUUAAAUUUAUUUUAAAAUUUGAAUGUAAACAAGUUAGUUUUUUAUUUUUAUCAAAAACUUUAAAAUUGUUUUCCGAAAAACGUUCUCUCUUAGUUACCAUUGUUAAAUUUGUAACGUUAAUCUUAAAAUUCAUUGUUUAUGAAAAUAUUGUAAUGCAUUCAAUUUUGUUACGCAAGUUAUUUUUUUUUUUAAAUGUACAUUCAGCUAAAAAAUUCUUCUAUAAAAAAUAUCUAAAAAAUAUCUUUCAUCUAUUCAUCAUUGCUUAAAUUUACCUAUUUCUUAAUUUUCGAAGUUUUUUUUUUCAUCUGACUGUACAUUUGCUUAAAAAAAUUAAUGUGCUCCCAAUGUUUAGUUGCAGUUAAAAUUCACAUAUGAACUUGAAGUAAAGUGCAGAAGUUUUUUUA